AUUUUGAAUGACAUUAGACGUUGUCGAGAGACAAAGGCUGAAACAUUAGUGGUCCCUGCGUGUGCCGUUUUUCUAAAUGUUUGACUCGCUUGCAUAUGUCAACCAGCAGCUAAUGCUAAUGCUAGCUUAGAGGUGUGUUUGCGGUCGUUGUGACGUCCCGUCAGAAGGCGAAACCGCAUUCUGUUCUUACGGUGCAAUGUUUGAAAAUCACAACAUUUAACGUUACGUUAAACACGAUUCUCUCAAAUAUUGCGCAUUUGAUGUAAUGUGACCGAUGACAUUAACGUUACGGAUGUCCGUUUGGUUUUCAACUUCGAGGCUUUUUCUUCUAAAACACAACGCGUUGGGGGCGGCACCGAGCAUCACAAUGCACUUAAGUUAUGACAUUUGGGAUUUGAUUCCAACGAUCUGCGGUUUAACGUUCAGUAAAGUCUCCGGUUAUUUCAUGAAACUCUUGAAAUUGCAAUUUUAAACCAGUAUCCGGUCUAAAAGUGAUACUUUUACAGACGCUUGCACAUCUGCAAUAAGUAAAACCAAGUGGGUUUCUGAUGAACUAAUGUUUUCUGAUUGUAUCCUCACUAAAUGUUGCUGAAAACUGUUCUCCUUGUCUCGUCAGUAGUCUUGAACGUGGAUGUAAACAAACACAGACUAAAACACACAGCCGACAUUGGAGAAGAAUUCUAUCUUUUAGUCCCGAUUCUUUCCGAGAUGGACGUUGGAGUGUCCAAGUCCCACGUGUUUCUCAACUACUGUCCCAGGGCCCUCUUCUCCCAGUGAGACAGGCGUCUUGCAUGACCCUCGGCCCCGCGUCAUCUCAGUGCUCAUCGCUGUUGGUUCACCUCCAGUGGUGGAGCAUACCGCUGGGGGCACGGUGUGUCAUGGAUGCAGUGAUGGAAGGACAUAAGAACACCCUGAGCUCUGGAAAAAUGGUGGCUCUGGCUGCUGGGCUCUCCGUCGGGGUCACCGUCGGCUACAUUGUCUACCGCCACAUAAGCAGCGCCAGCCCCGCUUGUCAGGAGCCAAACACUGAGGCUUCCAAGGUGACUCUUCCAGUAGAGGUUUAUAGGAACCUAUCCAGAUACCAAGCCACAUUUCUGGACACGGUGGCCCAGGAGUCUGGAGCACAAUUGAGGAUUGUGCCGGAGCCUGGGUCCACGGCGACCGUGUGCUUCCUGCUGCAGGGCUCUCAGGAGCAGGUGCUGCUGGCCCGCUGCGUCCUGGAGACCCUGGUCACUGACUGCAGGCCUGUGGUCGAGGCCUUGGAAGUUCCUCAGACCUCGUUUGGUCGUAUAAUAGGCCGCGGCGGAGAGAGUCUGAAACUGAUCACCAGGACAACGGGGGCCAAAGUAACAUGUUCCAAAGAGAAGACCCUUGCCCCCGGGGCCAAGGGCAGCGUGACCAUCACAGGGACCAAGCAGGAGGUGGAACAGGCCAAGGAGCUGAUUCUAGAAAAGGUCAGAGAGGACGCAGUGGUGAGGACAAAGAUCUCGCAGUCAUCUGCCCUGCGGCAGAAACGGGGCCAUACGGCUGUGGAUCAGCGGACCGACGGCACAGAGACCGAAGCCCCAGUGGGCUCCAACUACAACAACAACAACGGGCCUUACCCUCAGACCCAGAGGAACGGCCUCAUCCAAGUCAAUAGCACCGCAGGAGAACCACAGAGUGUUUUUUCCCAGAUGGAGCAGGUUAAAAUCACCAACACAUCCAAAAAAGAGGAGCAGCAGCAGCAGCAGCAGGAGGAGCACGAGGAGGAGGUGGAUGAUGAGGAGGAGGAGGAGGAGGAGGAGGAGGAGGAGUCCACAGAUUCUCUUUCUGAAAUUUCGAAGUUCGAGAUUCCCAGCCCAGACCUGAGCUUCCAGCCCGACGAACAUCUAGAGGUUUAUGUUUCUGCAUCGGAGAACCCCAACCACUUUUGGAUCCAGAUCCUGGGAGUCCGUUCCCUCCAGCUGGACAAACUGACAGAGGAGAUGACCCGCUUCUACAGCAGUGGCAGCCCCGCAAGGGUGGAGACCAUCGUGGUGGGUGACAUCGUGGCCGCACCGUACCACGAUCACAGCACAUGGAAUAGGGCCAGGGUGCUGGGAGUGCUGGUCUCCGGACUGGUGGACCUUUACUACGUCGACUUUGGGGACAACGGGGAGCUUCCCAGAGACCGCCUGUGCCGUAUGAGGAGUGACUUCCUCAGCUUACCAUUCCAAGCCAUUGAGUGCAGCUUAGCAGGAGUGAGAGCAAAAGGCGAGGUGUGGACUGAGGCGGCUCUGGACGACUUUGAGCAGCUGACGUACUGCGCCUCUUGGAGACCCCUGCAGGCCAAACUCUGCAGCUACUCCCACUCGGACAUCUCCUCCUGGCCCAGCGUCAAGCUCUGCGACAACAACGAGGGAAAGAGCGUAGACAUUGGCGAGGAGCUGGUCCGGCGGGGCCACGCAUUGCCCUUUCAGGAGGCGGGGAACGGGAGGAGCGAGGUCGGAGACCUGGGCUGUCUGCAGAGGAUGCUGGACGACGUGAUAGGAGCGUCAUCUGAGCUAAGUCUCUCCUGCAUCAGCUUGUCGGAAGCUGCUUCAAUCUCAGGAAGCGUCGACGACGUUAUAGAAGACGAGCUACUCUGAGACCAAAGACAUGAAGAGAUUCCAACGCACUGAGUGGCGUCUUCUCCUUGUUUGACCUGAACUCGACCACAUUAAUCCUCAUUGUGAAGCCUUAGCGACAGUUUAUUCAGCCAUAUUCACUUUGUUGUUGUUACAACCGUUAUGUUUUACCUUCAUGUUCACGCAGCUUUGCUUGAAUACGUUAUUAUAGUUUGGUUCAAGAAACGACGAGAGGAACAAAACAGAAAGCCAGUAUUAUUUUUGAAAAAAGCACUGUGAGGAGUUUGAGUUUGUUAGCUAAAUAUGUCUAUUUUUUUAUUAACUUGUAUGUAUAUCUGGCUAUCCAUUUAAAUGAAACCAUACAGUAUUAUUACAUUUGCUCAAUUUUGUUCAAUAUAAAAAUGUUGCAUAUAUUGUACCAUUAUCAAAGGACAGGAACAAGUAGAGGUUUACCUUCAGAUUUGUGAAAGACUGCACUAUAUAUGAUAAAGGAUUUAUUUUAUGUCACAA